ACACUAUCUUAUCGACUCACAAUUAAUCGAUAGCACAGCUGGAAAUAAUAUAUCGACGGCAAUCGGGCAACAAUGGCAAUUGCUUAAACCAUAUUCCUUUCAAGUUGUUUCUCUGGUGAGCAACGCGAUUGUGCAUAAAUUGCACCAGCCAGCCACAACAAAGCAUCUUAUUUAACAAUUUACCAAUUUGUUGAGCACCCCCUUUGUCGAAGAUGGGGAAGUACCCACAUUACUGUGUCAAGGCCCUCUUCUUUCUAUGCUCGUGCUUCCAUCUGGGCCAUGCAUUUCGCCCCACCUAUGUCGAGGAGGAGGCUCAAGGUGUCCGGGCCACCCUGCCUGGCGAGCUAAAGUUCGUGCAUGUGAUAUUUCGACAUGGCGACCGAAUGCCCGUCGACCCGUAUCCAACAGAUCCGUGGAACAAUCGUAAAUACUGGCCCACAGGCUGGGGUCAACUUACAAAUCGUGGCAAGCAACAACACUACGAGCUGGGCAAAUGGCUUCGAAAACGUUACAGCUCGUUGUUGGACGCCAGGUACGACAGGGAGCAGGUCUUUGUUCAGUCCACGGAUGUGGAUCGCACACUCAUGAGUGCACAGUCAAACUUGGCUGGCUUAUACGAGCCUGUUGGCAACGAUGUCUGGAAUCCCCUGAUCAAAUGGCAGCCAAUUCCGGUGCAUUCCGUGCCCGAAAAGGAUGAUCCGGUUCUGGCUGCCAAGGCACCUUGUCCAGCCUUCGACUACUAUCUGGAAAACUUUAAGGCAUCCGCCGAGUUUCAGGCCAAGUGGGCACGUUACAAAGAUCUCUUUGAUUAUUUGGGACAAAAUAGCGGUCGGCCCAUUAAGUCAUUUAUGGAUGCACAAUAUUUCAACAACACAUUGUUCAUUGAAACCCUGUACAACCGAACUCUGCCCGAAUGGGCACAAAAGGUUUACGGCGGCGCUGACCUGACCUACGUCUCGAAUUUUGCCUUCUCCAUAAAUACCUACACACGUCAGCUGGCGCGCCUAAAGGGCGGACCGCUCCUCAAGGAUGUGCUCACCCGUUUGGAGAGCAAGCAUAAGAAACAACUGUCGCCGGAUCGGUCUGUGUUUAUAUACAGCGCACAUGAUACCACAAUUGCCAACAUGUUGAAUACCCUCAAGCUGUUUCAGCUGCACAGUCCGCCGUACACGGCGUGCAUAAUGUUCGAAUUGCGUGUGGAUGAUAACAACAGGCCCUUGGUUUCCGUAUUCUAUAAAAACACGACAGCCGAACCGCUGCCAAUGUAUAUACCCGGCUGCGGUGUAUCCUGCCCGCUGUCAAAGAUGUAUGCACUGUAUGAGGAUGUCUUGCCGGAGAACUGGACGGAUGAGUGCAAGCGAUCCACACUGACAAUGACAUACGAGGAGGCCAAUUUGGGCGCAGCAACAGGCAUUCUGAUAUGCAUCAUUGCCGCUCUGCUAUGCGUCAGCUAUGGCCUGAUGAUCUACUAUCGUCGCCGGGAUUACAACAUGCACACUUCCUAUGCGCAAAUGGCGUAAAUUAGGGCAUGGCUAGGAUGGCUGGGAUGCUUAUUGAAAGACUACGCCAACUUCCUGAAUUAAGAUCGAGUUAUUGCUCAGCUUUAGCCACUUAUUUUUAUAUAUCUCCCCUUGUCUUUGAUUGAAUGCCAUUAAUUAUUUGUUUAAGUACGACUAUUGUUUGUGCUCCAUAUAUGUACGUAUUUGGUGCAACAAUUGUAAAUGUAAAUUUAGAUUGAGUUAUUGCGCUCGGCUUCAGAUCUAUUAUAAAUCUCCCCAUGUCUUUGUUUAAAUGCCAUUAAUUCUUUAAUUAAUGUUAAUUGUUUGUGUACGCAUUGUGUGCGACAAUUGUAAAUGUAUAUUGUUAAGCUCAUAUGAUCUUGUUUCUUUUGUUAAACGACGACAAAACAAAGACUGUGAAUGGUUACCCUGAAAGUUUCUUGUACACAUUUACAUGUGUCCCAUAUUAUAUAUAUCAUAGAUUAGUAAAAAUAUAUACGUGUAUAGAUGAAUAUAUUUGCAUUUACGAGUAUAGGCCUUUUAUGAAAACAUCUUGUUGUACAAACCAUUUUUUGUGAACUGUAAUAAAAAACGAAAACGGG